AACCACAUAUAUUUUCCUUUGGAGUUGUUAUUAGAUUGUAAAUGUUCCUCAGGAGCUAUUCUCCUGGAAUGAUAGAUCCUUGGAGAUUUCAAACUUGGAUAGAGGAACAUAAUGAAUGAGGAGCGAAUGGAGAACGGAAUAGACUCCGAUGAUGAUCUUCAACCCGAGGAGAUACCCGAUUACCUGAGAGACAGAAGAAGAGCCAAGUCCUUACCUGCGUAUCCCGAGCAGGCGAAUCUUUACCACCAAAUCUCUCGGAACUGCAGAAAACGUGUAAAGUUUGCGGAUGCGCUCGGGUUAAAUCUGGCCAGCGUGAAGCACUUCAACACCAGCGAAGACCCCCAUAUUCCUGCCAAAGUGUUCUCCAGGCUGAAAAGUUUCCCGCUUCAUCACGACCGAGACUUCAUGGAUGACUUGUGCGUAAACCUGAAGUCCACACUGACACUGGAGCGCCUGGUACCGGCUUUCAAGAUGCCCGUAGACUCCAGUGACUUGGAGAUGCGGCUUACGCGCUGUCACGUCGCGUUGGAAAGCGUCACGAUCACACAGUUUGAUGUGCGUGGAAUCAUAAGAGCGAUGGGUACGAGUAACAGAAGAGAGGCUGGUGUCAGGUAUACUUUCAACGACUGGCUGUCGUUCGUGGACACUCAGGCCAUUCUGAUGCCCACCGAGAACAAAACAAACCGAGAACGCUUCUCCUUCACUAUGUACACGCCUCCCUUCUUGGUUCCGAGUGCAUCUGUGCAUUUCGCAGUGUACAUGAAAGAAGAUAACUGCGAAUUCUGGGAUAACAAUGAUGGACUGAACUAUUCACUGAAGUACAGCUCGACAUCGUGUGAGACUGCAGCUUUUCACGCGAUAUGAAGAGAGAUGGUCUUGCGCUUUUACGCACUUGCACCCUGCUCGGAUGAAAAGGAUUCUUUAGUGCGUUUUUGACCUUAGAAAAAUAAUAAUAAUAAUAAUAAUAAUAAUAAUAAUAAACUUAAGUAUCCGACUUUGCCUUAAAGGGAUAGUUCACCCCAAAAUAAAACAUUCUGUCAUCAUUUACUCAUCCUCAUGUCGUUCCAAACACAUAUGUCUGUCUUUCUUUGGUGAAACAAAAAAGUAUGUUUAACAAAACCUCUCCGCUGCUCUUUUCCACACAAUAAAAGUGACAAAAAGAGCAUAAAUGGCACAAAAGUAUUAUAAAACUGGUCCAUCUGUCUCACAUACUUAAUAACAAGCAUUCUGAAACCUUUGAGAAACAGACUGAAAUGUAAAUUGUUAUUUGCUGAAAAUCUUCCCCACCACUGUAGCUCUCAGAACUUGCAUUGCAUUCAAAGAAUGUUCAGAAUAAAUGUCUCGAGACAUGCAAAAUCAAUGAUGUUUAAUGUUACUGAAGUCAAACGUGGCACAAAUCAUCUUUAAUCACCAAAUUUUUAUUAAAAACAAGCGUGAAUGACAUUUGAGAGCCAUGACGCAGAGGAAUAUUUUUAGCAAAUAAAAACUUACAGCAAAUAAAAAUGUUUGUCUGUUCCGUACUAAAAUAUAUUCUAUUCUAUUCUGUUCUAUUCUUUUGACACGGGAUAUAGUGAACAAGUUUUAUGGACUACUUUUAUGAUAGUUUUGUGUGUGUGUGUGUGCAAAUUAUUAUUAUUUAUUUAUUUUAUUUGUUUUGGCAUUUUUGAAGCCUCUGUCCCCAUUCACUUUUAAUUGAAUGGAAAAGAACACCUGACUCUCAAAAAAAAAUUUUGCUUAUUUUUCAGAUUUACAAAUUUAAAUUUCAUGACAAAUUUCCAUCAAAUUGAAUAAUUUAUAUUAAUUAAACUUAAAAUAUUUAGUUCAUUUAUUUAUUUUAUUUUGAUAAAAUUAUUCAAUUCAAUUUGUUGCAAAUUUAGUAUAAAAUUAAAAUGCGUGAAUCUUAGUUUUGUGUGUGUGUUUUGUGUGUGUGUGUGUGUAGAAAUUCUGCUAAACAUCUCCUUUUGUGUUCUAUGGAAGGAAUGAGGGUGAGUAAAUGAUGACAUAAUUUUCAGUUUUGGGUAAACUAUCCCUUUAAGUCUCAAGGGUAUGGAUAAAAAAGGGGGGUUGAUGUGUCCUGGAAAUUAAAGCUGGCAAGAGAGACUAACUGGCAUAUAAUAGCUGUAAACUCAAUCUGUUCGUUGGUUCAGCAGGCCAACCUUAAUGGAAAAUGCCAACCACCUUCCAUUCUAAGUGCAUUUCAGAAAAAAUUUAGAAUAUUUCGAACAUGUGCAAAGGAUCACAAACAUCGAAAGAACUACCAGUACAUCCCCUUGGCUGGACUUAAAGGAACUUCUGUUGGAUCACACUUUCACAAAUGACAUUGAUUAAGCUCAAACAUGAAAAUUUGAUAUUUGCCGCCUCUAUCAAUAUCGUACAAAUCUCGACACUGUAAUACUGUCUUUGUACUGUGGACACUUACUGUACAGGGAACAAUUCAGCAUUGCAUUAUCUUACAGCAUGGACAGCUUCAGAUCUAAGAGUUGUCAUCAAUAGAAGCUACUGAAAUAUGCUUUUCCAGAUGAAUUAAAUGAACUCUUGAUGCAUAUCUGUGUUGGACUGUAAAUUUAAAUUGUGGGUGUAUUUAGAAGUGCCUUGUAGUAGCCUAUUUUUUGUAAAAUGCACAACUCACAAAACAGGUGAACAUUUGUUAAGACAGUGCAGCGUUCAGUGAAGUGAAAACUGUUUUUAAAUGCACCAAUUACCACUGCAUGAAGGAUAAAAAUGUAAUUCAGUUCAGUUGGAACAUAUGAUUAAAAAACAGCUCCUUGAAUGAAUUGGGGCAACACUGCUGCUAAAUUAAUGUGCUGCAAUGAGAUAUCAUGCAUAUUUUAACAGUAAACCAUUUUUUGAAUUACAGAAAUGAGUGUGGAUGGUUGGAAAAAAUAAAACUGAAUGUUUACAGUUCUCUCAGCAUAACGGCAAAGACAUUGACUGCAGUAAAUGUAUAAUAAGCCUGUAUGUGCCGAUAUAUGAUUAACGAUCUAUCAUUACAAGUCAAGUACAGUCCCUUUGCCGUAGUUUUAACCUCCAAGGACUGUUUGAUUUGGUUCAUGCAUGUUAUUGGCUACAGGCAAACUGAGAUAAAAGGUGACAUUCUUUGUUUGGUAACAUGCUAAUGUUUGAUAUGCAAAUAUUCAUAUGCAUGCAGUAAAACACAGUUUAAUGUACCUGUUGAGAUUUAACUCAAUACAUCACAGUAAAAUAAGCUUGAAAUUUUAUUUUUUCA